AUGCUCCGGUUGCUAUGCCUGCUUGGAGUUAUAAUUGCAUUUGGAGUGUAUUCAGUGUCAGUUCCAAAACUUGGAAUGGUGAUACUUGAAGGUACUGUGUUUGCGAACAAGAAACAAGCAGUGUUCUCCACCGACCAAGCUAAACUCGGAACGGCCGCUUACGAAGCUAUGAACAAAAGUUUGUGCGAAAACGUGAGUUACAAAAUGAGAAGAGUACAAGAUGUUCCAUCUUUUUAG